AUGACGCAGAUGCAAGCAAACGCCACACUGAUGAAUGCGACGCUUUCUGCAUUGAUCAUGGAACUCGAUGUACAAAAUGGAAGACUGGAGAAGUUGAACGUCACAGUGGCGAAUUUCACCAAUAUAUACAGCUGUUUCGCAAAAAGCCAGUGUGUCACUCCUGUGCCAGUAACAACGACAGCGCCUUCAACAACAACUCCCCCGCUCAAUCCAUGCCCAUCAAUCAGAGCAGAACCCGUUACGGAUGAACACAAAGAAUAUGAUGUCCCUACUUCUUCCAACGUUCGAUGCUCGGAUGUGUUCAAUGCCGAUGAUGGCUUCAACGUUGUACUUGAAGGGAAUGUCACUAUCAAUAAUACUGCUGCACUCAUAAUCUACAAUGCCGUUGGGUCAACCAUCUCAAGCAUUAAUGCAACGGGCAAUGUAACGCUUGACACGAAGGAGUUGUCGUCUAUCGAAUUCCAGUUGAUCUACUAG